AUAGUAAAGACUAACGUUGUCGUUGCAAUCAGCUGUUUCGGAAAUUCAACUCAUGCUAAAGAUCGACGUCGACCGAGGUACUUUCUUGCUCUGUGUCUGUGACAAAAAUUCUGGAUUUGGAAUCUUGAUGAUUCGUUCUGCCCAGCGUGUUUCUUAUUUUACUCUUUUUAGCCGAGGUGGACUCACAAUGAGCACAAAUGGCAUCAGGACUGCAGCCACUGAUGGAAAGAAAGUGGCCAUAUUUGACAAAGAUGGGACCCUUCUAUGUAUGAACGCUAUGCUUGCACCUUGGAUGGUCAAAGUGGCCGAGAGAAUGGAAGCUGCCACAGGACUUGCCAUAAAAGAUGAGAUCUACAAGGAUAUGGGCUUUGAUCCUCGCACCCGUAAAUUUGAAUCAGGUCAUGUCUUGGAGUCUACCAAUGAGGUCUGCAUUAGGUCACUGACUAGUCUUCUUGAAAAGAAAGGCUUUUCAUCUGAAAAAGCUAGGGACGUGUCUGUGCAUUGCUACGAUAAGGAUGGCAGUCCUGCUCUUAUGGGAGAACUUUUACCUUUUGGUGAUGUGCACAGUAUAUUCUCAAGACUGAGAGACAAGGGUUAUUUGAUUGCUGUGAACACAUCAGACAGUCGCAUCAUGACAGAAAAUACCCUGGGACGACUAGGUGUGUCCGACCUGGUUGACAUGGUUGUGUGUGGGAGUGAUGAAGACGUCAAACCCAAACCUGAUGCUUAUACCGCUCUGAAGAUCUGUUCUAGACUAGGAGUACAUCCUAAGAACUCUGUUUUUAUUGGAGACACCAUCACCGAUGCUAUGUGUGGAAAGAACGCGGAAUGUGGCCUUGUUAUAAGUGUUCUUACUGGAGGGAUAGAUAAAUCAAUUUUGGAGAAGAAAGCCGAUGUUGUUGUUGACAGUAUUGAAGAAGCAGCUGAUUUCAUUCUCAACCAGGAUUAACGUAUCUUUGUAUGGCUUCUAUGAAGUCAUACAGAUAAGUAAAAUUAUAGUGGUUUAUAGGUUUGUGAAUUUAUCUAUCAAAUUCUGAUAAUGAUGUGCCCAUACAAUUAUAUUCUUGAUGUAAACUCGUCCAUCAUACAUGCUUCCUAUAGAGAAUUUGGUAUAUCAUCAAUUUUCUAUUGAAUAACAGGCCUUUACGUUUGUUAUUUUCAGGACAAGCUCACUUUUCUAAAGGGCACAUUUUAAUCCUACAGCACAAAAAUAUCCAACAAUUGGUGGCUUUUUCAUUUACAUAUUCCUUUCUCUUAAAAAAAAAAAGUUCAUUGUUUCAAAUAGCAUGUAAAGUGAAUCAAGUGCAAUUAUACUGUCCUUUACAGAACAAUGAUGUCAGUAAUCAAUGAUCCUAGAAACGUAAGUAUCAUUCAACUGCAUUUUCAUUUUCACUAAAUUAAUAUUUUGCCCUUGAAAAAAUAUGAAAAGUUGAAGUCAUGUGACACACAAUGUAUUGUAUAUGGCAGCCAAGGGAGAGAGAGAGGGGGGGGGGGGGUUGGGGUUGGAAAUUUGGAAUAAGACAGUUGAAACAGCCAGAGUAUUAGAAAAUCACUGUUAAAAGCAUUAUAGAAGGCAAUUUGUAAUAAAUAAAAUUAUAUUUAUGAAAUGAGCUUGAAGAAAAUUUAGUUAACACACAUCGUCAACUCAGUGUGGAUGGUUAUUCAGAAUAUUUUCAUUCAUGAAUGUUGUCACUAGUUUGAAAUUGCCAUUAGUAUUCAAUAAAUUUGCUACCUUUUAUCAUUGUAAUUGUAGAAUAUAUGCAGGGAUGUCCAUUUUGUGUAGUGAAGAUGUAUGUUUUAAUGUGAUUUACAGUAAAUAUCACAAGAAGAAUUUCUCAUUCAGGUAGGUACAUUGAUAAAUUUUCACCUGAUCUACACCUGCUUUGUUUAUUUUGUGAUCGUUCUCAUUCCACAUGUAGAAAAUUGCUUACCAGGGGUGGGCUCAGGUUAAAAAAAAAAAAGAGAGAGACAGAAAAGAGAUGUAAACAUGUCAAACCAACCUUUGGCCACCUAUUAGCAAACCUACCUAAGACCACCCCCAGAGGUAGUCUUGUGCUGGACUUGGGCCGGACCCUGGACCACAUAUCCAUAGAUGUGAACGCAAACCUGAACCCAUCUUGGUCCACUAACUCCACUUGCAUUAGUUUGCAGCACAGACCUCACUUUGUCAAUAGUGGUGUGAAUGUUAGUCCAAAAGAGAAGAAUUAGGAUUAUGAAGUGCAGUCUGCUAAAAUAUCAAAGUCCAAAAUAUUGACACAGAUCAUCUGCACUUUUUCCAGACCACUUUCAAAUAGUACAGUUGAAAAUUUAUUCAAAUGAUGUAAAUUAGAGUCUGCCCAUUUAGACUAACUGAAAGUGGUCAGGAAUUUGAAACAUACUGCCCAACUUUCUGUGGCCAAUGGGGGAAACUUUCUGUGACCAAUAUGGAAGAAGUGCAUGCUGCAAUGUAAACAGAUUCGUUUCGAGACAAUGUCCGUUGGUAAAGCUAAUCCACUUAAAAUAUUCAAGUUUGUAAUUGGUCUCAGGCUGGCCCUGGUUAAGCAAUAACAGGGGUCUUAUAUGGCCUUGUCCUUGGCCAUUGAAAUCUAGCCACUGACCCUGGCCUCGAAUCCAAGUGCUGACAGUCCUUGGCCUUGCUUACAAUUGGUUUUCGAUGAAUCAUAUGGAAUAAAGUCUGGCAUGAUUCCAAGUGAUGUAUGUGUAUUUUGAAAAAAUGAAAUUUAUGAUAUGAUCAGAGCCCCAUAAUUUAAAAGAGAUUAGUAGUUAAUAUGAAAGAACAAUUCUGAUUGGUUCCUAGUCAGUGUACUGAGCAAAGUGCGCAAGCAACGAUGAUCUUGAUAGGCCAUUUUAUCUUGAUUAAUCGCUAACUUUUGUGUUACGGGGCCAGUCAAACUUGACUUUUUAGUGGCCACCAACAUUGUCUCCCAUUUGAAAGGAAUGCAUGCUUCAGAGAAUCUGUCUAUGAAAGCAACCUGUCUCCAAUGGCUGCAUAAAAAAAUUCUGUGUAUUUUGGGUGGUCUUAAUAGACAGUUUUGACUGUAUUGGAAUGUUUUAUGUUUUUUUUAAUGAUUUAUAUGGAAUUUCACUGUACAUUUAUGAUUUCUGAUAUGAUCAGGCUACAUGUAUAUAUUAUAUUACUCAAAUCUUAUGUGAAUGUUGCCUCAUGUAAUGACAGUACUUUCUCUUUAUGUACACCAAGUGCUAUGCCACCAAGUGCCGUAACUAAUUAUUAAAGAAAAUGGUAAAUUUUAACAAUA